AUUUUGUUUUCGUUUCAUUCGGCAUUGGCGUCGGUCCUUCGUUUCGAUUUAGUUCAAGUUUUGUAGUGCGCUCGUGGUAUUUUUUUGAUAAAUACGUUGCUAAAGUUGUGUCCGUAAUUGAAAAUUUCAUCGAUUAUUAGUUACUUAUCUAAGCAAUGGCGGGUUUGGCAGCAGUCCAGGGAGGUCCGGGUAACAAAAUGUGGCCAGCGCGUCCGGGCAUGCAGCAUCAGAAUGGCCAAAAUAACGCCAAUACUUUGACUUUAAAUAGGACAAUAAAUCUUUAUCCUUUAACUAAUUAUACGUUCGGGACAAAGGAGCCGCUGUUUGAGAAAGAUGCAUCAGUGCCUGCCAGGUUUCAAAGGAUGCGGGAGGAAUUUGUCAAAAUUGGAAUGAGAAGGUCUGUUGAAGGUGUCCUGCUGGUUCAUGAGCAUGGAUUACCUCACGUGCUGCUCCUCCAGCUAGGGACGGCAUUCUUCAAGCUGCCUGGAGGAGAACUUAACCCAGGAGAGGAUGAGAUUGAAGGUCUCAAGAGGCUACUCACGGAGACACUGGGCAGACAGGACGGUGUUCAACAGGAGUGGCUCAUUGAGGAUACCAUAGGCAACUGGUGGCGCCCGAACUUCGAACCCCCCCAAUACCCCUACAUUCCACCGCACAUUACCAAACCGAAAGAGCACAAGCGCCUCUUCUUAGUGCAACUUCAAGACAGAGCCUUAUUCGCAGUGCCCAAGAACUACAAAUUGGUUGCCGCGCCCCUAUUUGAGUUGUAUGAUAACGCGCAGGGCUACGGACCAAUCAUAUCUUCGCUGUCACAGAGUUUGUGCAGAUUCAACUUUGUCUAUAUGUAAACGGUGUUAUGUCGAGAUAGCUGCACUUUUAGGUACUUGGCCUUUUGCUUUUAUAGAAAUGUCCGUUAUGUAGAGAAAUUGGAAUUAUUAAGUUUCGAGACUUAAUUAUAAUUAAUAAUUAUAUAAUUAUAUAAUUAAUAAUUAUAAUUAAGUCUCGAAGAAAUUGUUAAUUAUUCCAAUUUCUCCACAUAAUAAUGUAUGUAUGUAUGUGUAUGUCUCUACAUAAUUUGUAAUUGAAAUGAAUUAAAUCAUUUCAAUUUCUGCGGUCAAGAGGUCUCUGUUACAAAUUUUGAUUUUAAUACCAUGAGGUUUUUACUUAUUAGAAAUCUUCAUAAUAUCAGUAUUGUGAGACCAUAUAGUCAGAUAUACAUGCCACUGUGGGGCUCCAAAUUCCAUGAUUACGGAAUCAGACUCUGAGCCAAAAUUACUGAAAGUGCAGCGCUAUCUUAGGUAUUAUGGUUUGAUAGAACUUUGUGGGCAUGCUCUUUACCAACGAUAACGCAAAAAAGUCAUUGAUUUGACAAAAGUAAUUCGGGUAAAUAAAAAUUAUUUGAGCGCCAUUGUAAAGUAGCCUGUAUGAUUUUUUUUUCUGUACAUAACCUCAUCACAUAUAUUUUUAUAGGUUAUACCUAUAAUUUUAUUUAAUAGCAUACACACAGUCACGUCUAUAUCCUCUGCGGGGUAGACAGGGCCAACAGACUUAAAAAACCGAAAGGCCACGUUGAGCUGUUUUUUCUUGAUGAUAAAAUUAAGAUUCAAAUAGUUUAAUAGCAUCUUACCCAUAUUGCGAGGAGUGAGGAGGAGCAUUUUGUGAUGUUACUAGAAUGCAAAGUUUUAUCAAGCAUCGUAAGGUACGUGUGGAUUCUUCUUUGUCGUUACCUUUUUCCACUCUUUACCUGGUGUCACAGAAUUUAGUUUUUUCCAAUUACUUCUGUCACUUGCAGUCGCACUAGGCACUCGCUUAGUACUCAUACUAUCAAUAACUAAUAAGAAUUUUUCAAUUCGAACCAGUAGUUCCUGAGAUAAGCGCGUUCAAACAAACAAACUCUUCAGCUUUAUAAUAUUAGUAUAGAUUUGAGCAAACUGGCAAGGUCACACCAUUCAAGGCAAUUUUGAGGAGUAAUUUGAAAAACCGCCAAAAUCGAAAAACAUAUGUUCCAUUGUCAUUGUCCCAGUCUGCUUUAGGUCCGUUCUCCAACCAAAACAAUAUUAUCCGCGAACAUACACCAUGACACUUCUUUUUGGAUGUCAGAUGUUAGCGCGGCCAUUAUGAGGAUAAAUAAAAUGGCGACUUAAUUCUGAUACUUGGUGUGGAUUAAGUAUAGGUUAUUAAAAAAUUUAUUUUACGUGUCAAAUAUACUAAAAACUCUAUCAGCGAAAAGUUGGGAAAAGGUCUUAAAUUUUUCUGAACUAUGAAAUGAAUACUACAUAUAAUAAUUAGUACAAAUAAUAUUAUACUACAAUAUUUGUACUUGCAUUUCCGCGUACCUUAUACUUUCAACUUAUUUUAAAGAACAUUGUAAUUUAGCUAUAAGUUGUGUGACUAAAGAGAAUUUACAGGAAA